AUGAAACCUGAAAAGCUCACCAUCAAGCCUCGCGCAGACCCACAGCCGCUCGGCGACAUCAUCAAGAAGAAACCAGGCAUUAGCAGCGGUGGUGUGCCAACGCGUCCUGGCCUCGAUUUUAGAAUUUUUAUGAAGGAUUUCAGGGAGAGUUACAGAGCGGAGUUCGAUUCUGCCGUCGCAAAAGCUGGUGCUGAGGCAUGGGAUUCCAUGUCCGAAGCUGAGAAACAUCCAUACGCCGAAAAAGCCUUGGAGCUGACGGACUUUUUUGAUAAAGCUGUCGAUUCAUACGUAAUGAUGAGUGCAACAACAGCAGUUGCUGCUCCUACAGAAGGAAAACUCUCCGAAGCCGCUACAACUAGUGGUCCAACGGAGUGA